AUGGUCGUUUCCAUAGAGUGCGCAGCGGGCCAGCGCCUGCGGAUGCGGAUGCGAUUCCUGCCCGUCGUCUACCGUAAAUCUACUCCUCCCCCAUGAGGCUCGUAUCAUCCACCCAUGUUAGGCUAUUCCGGCUAACUCGCCUAAGCGGUGAACUGCGGUUGUCAGCGAGUCUCUUGUGCCGGCCGAGACCGACACUUCACACCGGUCUUCCUUUACUCUUUGCCCGGGAACUCGCGAUGCAGUCGACUCGAAAUGUGACCACCAGCAGCCAUUGCGCGGGCCGAGCAGACACCGGGGGCCCGGGGCUUUUCAACAACGUCCCGGCGGUCACAGCGGAGGCUCCGGCUUUUCCGGCGGAGAAGAUCCGAGUGGGAAACGCGCUCCUCGUUAACGAGAGACGACUGAGGACUCCGAGUCCCCUGCUCGCGGCGGGUUGCGACGACGACUCCGAGUCGGAGGCUUUCAAAGAUGGGAGAACCGAGGGGGUGGACCGGGACACCAGGGCCAGGGCGUUUACUUGGUGCCGAGACUUCCUGUCAGGGUCCUGGAAGACCAUCAAAGAGGGGGAUUUUCAAAUCAGCAUCGUCAGUGGUGGACUGAGUAACCUGCUCUACUUGUGCAGUUUGCCUGACCAUGUGCAGCCUGGUGGAGAGGAACCUCACCAGGUGCUCCUAAGAGUCUAUGGGGCCAUCUUACAGGGAGUGGACUCACUGGUGUUGGAGAGCGUGAUGUUUGCGAUCCUGGCCGAACGAACUCUAGGACCGAAGCUUUACGGCAUCUUCCCAGAAGGACGCUUAGAACAGUACCUUCCGAAUUCUCGCAUGCGCACGGAUCAACUUUCAGAUCCAGCCAUCUCAGCGGAGAUUGCCACCAAGUUAGCGCGUUUCCAUGAAAUGAGCAUGCCCUUUAACAAAGAGCCUAAGUGGCUCUUUGGAACCCUAAACAAAUACUUGGAUCAAGUGAUGUCCAUCAAUUUUGUGCGUGAAGCACACGUUAAGAAGUACAAGAAGCUGAUGAAGUUGGACCUACCUGCUGAGCUAGAGAGCCUGCGCGCGUUGCUGGCAGCAACUCCCUCGCCAGUGGUGUUCUGCCACAACGAUGUGCAGGAAGGUAAUAUUCUGAUGCUGGAAGAUGAGGACCACAACUCAUUGGAUAAACUCAUGCUGAUCGACUUUGAGUACAGCAGUUACAAUUACAGGGGUUUUGACUUUGGGAACCAUUUCUGUGAGUGGAUGUACGACUACACCUACAACCAGUGGCCCUUCUACAAAGCCAUAGCAGAGAACUAUCCCUCCAGAGAGCAGCAGCUUCAUUUUAUCAGAGGUUAUUUGGCAGAGCAGAGAAGACACUCUGACACGACUCCGGACCAAACACAGAUGGAAGAAGAUUUGAUUCUCGAAGCGAACAGGUAUGCGUUAGCAUCCCAUUUCCUGUGGGGGCUGUGGUCCAUCAUUCAAGCCAAGAUAUCCAAGAUCGAGUUUGGAUACAUGGACUAUGCUCUGUGUCGGUUUGACGCCUACAUCAAGCAAAAAAAGCUCUUCUCCGAACUUCCUCCAUCUUAAUGAGAUUGUAAUGUCUGUGUUAUAUUAUUGAAACUCCACUAUUAUGCAGCUUUGCUCAUCACAAGCAGUGUUGGAUGAAAGAUAGACAUUUAGACGGACAUUGAAGCAACUCUUCCCAUUGUAGGAUAUUUAUUUCAGAACAGCUCUUUAGCAUCGAAUGUUAUCGUUAAUCAUUUGCAAGGCCCGCGCCAUCUAAUUUUGCGCCAUUGUAAUGUCUUUAAAAUCCAUUCUGUUAAUUUUACUGUUUUUGUCAUUUUGGGAUACCACACCAAUCAUAUUCCACGUGGUCGGUUUCUGUGUGCUUUAUUGUUUUUUUGGUUAUUCUACCUCACAUCUUUCAUCUGAUAUUCAUUCUGCAUGAGCAUUUUUAAAGGUUUAACCACAUUCUGCAAGUUAUUGCACAAGGGCUAUUUGAUACAGUAUCAACGUCAACAAUAACGUUUAAUUAGGAGAAUAGUAUACUUGUAGUAUACAGUGCAUAGCUUGCAAUUAUUAUUAUUCACCCAUUAACUGCACCUUUUAACUGUACUGACUAUCUUUAGUUCAGCAUAUACUUUUGUUUGUGUCUUUUAUUUGUCUUUCUGACCUCUUGCAUUAAGUUAACUCAAAUGUCCAAUGCAAAUGUAUGUAAUCGUGUCGACCAGGAAUUGCUGAGGAUAGAUAAAAGAUUAAUAAAAAUGUAUGUUUUGAUAAAAUCUCA